AUGAAUAGAGAAGGGUUAAAUAUCUAUUCAAAAGUGGCUGAUGUUAUCCAUGAAAAUAGAUGGGCUUGGCCCGAUGCUUGGCGAGACUCGUUUCCUAUUUUGUUUCAGCUGAAUCCGGUUUCUCUAACGCCAAAUAAGACGGACAUGAUUGUGUGGGAAAAGGAUCCGAAUGUUACAGAAGAUUUUUCUACAAAAACGGCGUGGGAUUCUCUGCGAAACUCGGGUCAAGUGGUGGAUUGGUAUAGAAUGGUGUGGUCGUUAUUUUCCAUUCCGCGACAUGCUUUCUUAUGCUGGUUGAUUUGUCGAAGGAAGCUAGCUACUCAGGAUCGGAUUCAAGUAUGGAAUAAUGCAGCUGGUAAUAUGAAUUUAAUGUCUUGUCUCUUAUGCAACAGGGGGCUGGAAUCGCAUGAACACUUAUUCUUCGAGUGUCCAUACUCCAACAAAAUUUGGUGUUCCCUUCGUACAAAAGUUGUCAUGUCUCCGAUUGAUGGAAAAUGGGAGGAUGUACUAGCAUGGAUAAUUCCGAAUGCAACAUCUAAGUUAGCGAUUUGGGUAAUUCGAAAGUUAGUGGUUGCCGCUAUUGCUUAUUUUGUGUGGCAAGAAAGGAAUGCUCGAUUUUUUAAUAAUCAGUUAAGGCCGCCAGAGAAGUUGGAAGAACAGAUUACAGAGACAGUUCGUUUGAAGUUACACUCGUUUAAAUUCAAGAUGAACGAUCGGGUUACAAGAUUGUUGAAGAUUUGGAAGAUUUCAUCGUUGGAUGAAGCUGAUAGCACCUAA